AUGUCAGAAGACGGUGUAGUAAAGGUUACGACGAGCUCGACCGCGUCGACAAAAGCUGAACCGAGCAUCACGGUGCAAACCGCGACCACGUUGUUGCCGUCGUCCACAGAGUUGGCCGCCGUCACACACGUGCGUCUGCCCGGUUUCUGGCACCACUCCCCGCAACAGUGGUUUACACACGCGGAUGCUGUUUUCCACUCAAGCCGAAUUCGCAGCGAUCUAUCACGCGUCAACCAUGUUCUCGCAUCGCUCGACGAAGACGGCAUUCGCGCAGUGUCCGACAUUUUGGGCGAAGACGCCAAGUAUGACGCCUUACGCGCGAGGCUCAUCAGCACGUAUACCGUCCCCCGCGCCACGCGUUUCCAAUCCAUUAUGCAGCCGGGUGGUAUGGGCGAUCGCACGCCAUCGCGCCUGCUGCGUGACAUGCGAGACGUCUAUCCGGACGAUAUGGACGACGCGUCGCUGGAGCAAUUCUGGAUGCAAGAGCUCCCCCCAGCCGUUCGCACCGUCAUCGCCGGACUCUCCGGCCCGCUGGACGCUCUUGCCGAACGCGCAGACCGCGUCAUGGAGGCAGCUCGUGGAGGCACAGAGUUGGCCGCCGUCAACGCAACACCCAGGUUCCGCAUCGCCGCGGUUUUCCCACCAUCAGGCGUACUAGAGCCGGAAGAGGCUCGGGAAGUCGCCGCCGCGAACAACAACAUCGACGCACGAUUCAACGCGCUCGAGAGCGCUAUUCACACGCUAAGCGCACAAGUCGCAACACUUACCUCGAACCACCCAGCACGCGACGCUCCACAGCCACCAGCGCCCACACGCAGCAACACCACGACGGCCGGCUGGUGUUAUUAUCACGGGCGCUACGGCCCUGACGCGCGGAAGUGCCGCGACCCUUGCACUUUUGUGCCCGCUACGUUGAAAAAUCCGUAA